AGAAAUAACGAGAUAGAGAAUGCUAAAGGCAACUGGAAUCAGGGCGAUCUCCUCACAGCUCGAGUCACUCACAUAAAGCCGGAUGUGUUCAAGGUGGACGUAACUGUUGAGGACAUCACUGAUUAUGAGCAGAGAGAGAUAAUAGAUCAGGAUCCGAAGUUGGUCGCUAAGAGCGAUGACUUCCGGGAACUCCGCGGCCUCGGGAAGGUGGUGGUCACUCAGAAGCAAGGUCUUGAUGCUGCCGCUUCUAUUCGUGGUCGGCGUAUCAUCAGACAUGACAACUAUAAGGAAAUCUCCCACAGUGCUGCGAUGGCCUAUCUUGAGUCGCCCUCCAUCCCAAUAGGCGAGGUCCUAUUCCGACCUAGUACGAGCCAUCAAGGUCAUUACAUAUGCAUGAUCAAGAUCAAACAAGGCAACAGAACCAGCACUGAUUGGGUGAAGCAAUUCGUCUUCCAAGAGGCCAAGAGUAAAUUCACUCAGCAGGCAGCUCAACAGAACACCCUCGGCAAUGCCAAGAUGGUUUAUAAGGUUGGUCAAGGCUCGUCCUCUGCUCUCAUAGCUUCCUCUCCGUUUGCAGUUGCCUGGAGAGCCUGA